AUGUUGGCGCCCUCUACAGUGGCUGGAAAUGCUUUCACAAUAGACAGUAUCCUCAACCGACCCGGUCCAGCAUGCUUCCAAGCUAACCACCGGCCGUCUCCGUACUUUCACUACCCAGCCUUGCACGCUUCACACCACGACCUGCUAGGUGCAUAUCAUCACCCUUUCUCUGGCCUCCUUAGUCCAGUCGAUCUGGCCAGGGCGGGUAGUCAAAAGAGGAAGCGGCGUCACCGCACUAUCUUUACCGAGGAGCAGCUGGAGAGGCUGGAGGAAACCUUUCAGAAAACCCACUAUCCUGACGUCAUGAUGCGGGAGGAGCUGGCCAACAAGGUGGACCUCAAGGAGGAACGAGUGGAGGUUUGGUUCAAGAACCGACGCGCCAAAUGGAGAAAGCAGAAGCGGGAACUCGAGGCAGCAGACAAGCGAACGGGAGACAGCAGCUCGUCUGCUAAAAGUAAACCAACUACGCAUGCGCCGGAAGUCGCAAAGAGCAUAGCUUCCGUUGAUGAGGACGAACAGGAAGACUCCAUUUGCGUGGAUGAAGAGGAACGGGAAGCUGCAGCACACGAGGACAAGGAAGAGGCGGUUUUUGCAGCCUCUUCUAGCUUCCAACAGCAAAGGCGGUCUUCGUUGCAGGAUAAUGAUGGUUCUUAUCUCGACCUGCGACAGGGCCCCGCGCUACCAACAGGGAACUUAAGUCGGAUAUACAGCCCCGGAACCAGACCCCGAUCCCAAGAUACAGGAGAAACAAGUGUCUGUCAUGAAGAUUAUUCCGAAGAAGAAUUAUCUCCAUAA